CGUGGGACAGACGGACAGACAGACUCCAGCCUGAAGCUGCUGAUCUGAAAGCGCCACCGUCUUCGAGAUGUUGUGUCCCAGCGUCUUCCAGCCGUCCCCCGUCGCUAUGAGGCCUUUCCUGGACCUGCACUGGCCCGUCCGCAGCCUGUGGCCCGAGACGCGUCCGCUCUUCUUCCACAUGGAGCAGGAGAUGAUCCGCCACCUGCAGGAGAUGAGGCAGAGCAUGGAGUACAUGGAGCGGCUGCACCAGAGGAUCUUCGAGGAGAUCGACCAAACCUCGUCCGCCACCGGCGCCUUCAAGCCCAUCGCCUUCCAGGAGCUGGGGAGGGACGGCGCCGGCUUCGCCCUCAGCCUCGACACCAAGGAGUUCUCCCCGGAGGAGCUGUCCGUCAAACAGGUGGGCAGGAAGCUGCGGGUCAGCGGCCGCACGGAGAAGAAGCAGGAGGACGAGAAGGGCUCGUACUCCUACAGGUGUCAGGAGUUUAGGCAGGAGUUUGAGCUGCCGGACGGCGUCGACCCCGAGACCGUCACCUGCUCACUGGUGGGCGGCCGGCUGCAGAUCCAGGCGCCCCGGGAGAAAGCGGUGCACGAUGGGAAGGAGAGGGUCGUCCCCAUCAGCGUCACCGCGGCGCCGGCCAUCACCUCCUCCUCCAGCACCUCCUCCUCCUCGGAGAGCAGCCCUGCGGACAAAAACUGAACUGGACACAUCGUGCGAACGUCUCUGAUCCGGAUCGAGGGAACAGGAAGCCGCCGCUCCUCACCUGCACUUUGAUAUACAACAAACUUUAUAGUUUCAUGUUUUAUUUAUCCCCGUCACGAAUUGUUUUCUCUGAAUUACAUCAAAUUAUGUCACCAUGCGAAAAAUAUUCUCACAUUUGUCUUGUGUUGUUUGUGUAAUUAUUAGCAUAAUGACAUCUGACAUUAUUAUAAUUAUCUCUCUUUAUUAUCGAUGUGUGAUCUUCUGCAGAAAUGUUGAUUCGUAGUAGUACUCUCUCACAUUUUAAUAAAACUGGAAAUUUUUA